AUGAAGAAGGAUAAUGUUUAUCACCGAGUUGCCACCCCCUAUCACCCUCAAACAAGUGGCCAAGUGGAAGUAUCGAAUCACGAAUUGAAGUGGAUCCUAGAAAAAACGGUGAAUGGGACGCGAAAGCAUUGGUCUCUCAAAUUGGACAAUGCGUUAUGGGCUUACCGCACGGCAUUUAAGACACCACUUGCGGCGUGUGAGAAGCGUAUGUUGCAACUUAAUGAAUUGGAUGAAUUACGGUUCAUUGCUUACGAGAAUAGUGGACCUUUCAAAAUCCGGCAUAUAGCGGAUCAUGGAUCAUUAGAGUUGGAGAAUCAACAAGGAGAAACAUUUAAGGUCAACGGACACCGUUGCAAGCCUUACUUGGGACCUUUAGCGGACGAAAUAGGCGAGCGAGUCUUGUUCGACCCUCCUUCGUGA